AUGGACAACUUCUCGAGAGUGAUCAGCUUCUACCAGGUUCUAGCAAUGCACUGGUUUAGUAUAAGACAGGGCAAAACCAUAGACUGUGAAACUAUCUUCUUCAUUAAACUCAACGUGUGCUGCGUGAGCGUUCUGUUCUGGUGGAUUUACCAAAAUCAAUCUCUUGUUAUCUAUUCCGCCACCACACUGGGAUAUGUGGUAGACUUAUCCAAAUAUCUUCUGAUGGUUUUUACCUACUAUUCGCUAGUGCUGGAGAGCGGAUUACUGGGUGGGGUUCUUCGACAGUUUUGGAACGAACUGGACCAAUUUCAACAGAUCAUUCCCCGUGCUGAAUGGGCUUUUCAACAGCGGAAGCACUUUGUUACGGUUGCAUCUUUCGUACUUUAUAUGACCUGGUGGGAGCUUACAUUUGCGUACUGUAUUGCUGAGACGACUCGUGGUAGAAACUUCACCAUCUCCUUUUGGAUAUUCUUUCUGCUGCUUCAUCUACGGCAAUUGCAAAUCAAGCUGUACACCGAUCUGGUGUACUUUUGCUUAAAGGCAAUAAACACGGAGCUAGCCUGGACGAUCGAGUUAAGCAAGGGUGCUAGCCAAUACGGUGGUCUUCGUAGUGAUGGACAAAUUUGUGAUCAUUUGCACGCAAUGAUGGAUGCAUUCGCACGUGCCGAACAUCUAGUUGCGUUACUUAAUCGAGCAUUUGGAUACUCGUUUACCCUCAUCAAGCUGAUCAACCAUAUCUACAUACUGACCGAUACGUACUGGAUUGUGCAGGGUUUUAUGAGCGAAAAAGUGCUCAAUUCACUGUGUACGUGCGGCAAAUGA